GGAACCAGCGAUGGCCGCUGCGGAGAGCUUGUGCGCCGAAGCCGCCCUGGGCGCCUGCCUGGAGGCGCUGCUGGGCAGCCGGAGUUGCGCCAACCGCGUCUUCGAGAUCCUGGAGCUGCUGCAGGCUGAAGACGAAGAGAUUGUUCUGAGCGCCAUCCGGACGUGCAGCCGGCUCUUUGGGGCUUUUCUGGAGAGGGGAGAGCUGUUUGUGGGGCAGCUGCCUCCGGAAGAGGGAUCUCUGCCAGAAAGCUUCAGUGCAGAAGAGAAAUAUAAAAUUUGGAUGCGACAUCGGUACAACAGUUGUGUCAACUGCCUGGUGGAGCUGAUGGGCCACGAAUCUUUCCAAGUCAAAGAGUCUUCCCUGUGUACCUUGAUGAAAUUUGUCGAGUUGGAAGCCAAACACCCCCUGGUCAAAGUCGAGUGGAGUUUCAACUUCCCACAAGAGCUUUUAAAAUUGGUAGUGAAGGGCUUAAUCCCAACAGAAGAGGAAUCCUCCCUCCUGAGCUCUCGCUUCCAAGAGUACCUGGAACAUGACGAUGUCCGGUUCUUCGCGAUGAAGGCGGUGGCUGAAAACAUUGGGAAUGUCAUGCAGAAGACCAAAGAGGUGCCACUUCCUGUUUACCAGAAGAACGUCUUCGCCUUCGUUUCGUCCAUCACCAUGCCGAGCGACGAAAGCGAGAUCAAGAACUUCCUGGUGAAGCACGAAAACCAGGAGGAAUGGAAAGUGUCGAAGCUGAAGGAACACAAGCGGGCCUUCGAGAGGAUGUGGCUCGGGUUUCUUAAACAUAAGCUACCCAGCAGCCUCUACAAGAAGGUGCUAGUGAUUCUGCAUGACUCCAUCCUGCCUCAUAUGAAUGAACCCACCCUCAUGAUAGACUUCCUGACAGUCGCCUAUGACGUAGGUGGAGCCAUCAGCCUUCUUGCCUUAAAUGGAUUGUUCAUUCUGAUUCUCCAUCAUAAUCUGGAGUAUCCUGACUUUUAUAAGAAACUCUACAGUCUUCUCGAUGCCUCCGUCUUUUAUGUGAAGUACCGUGCCAGAUUUUUCCGUUUGUUGGAUCUUUUCUUGUCAUCUUCGCACUUGCCAUCGUACCUUGUAGCGGCCUUUGCCAAGCGGCUGGCACGCCUGGCCCUCACCGCCCCACCCGACGCUCUGCUAAUGGUCAUUCCCUUCAUCUGCAACCUCUUGCGCAGGCAUCCUUCUUGCAAAGUCCUCGUCCACAGGCCCAGCGGCCCCGAAGAGAUGUCAGCUGAUCCGUAUGUGAUGGAGGAAGAAGAGCCUUCAGAGAGCCGAGCUUUGGAGAGUUCCCUCUGGGAAAUACAGACUUUGCAGAGCCACUACCACCCAGAAGUGGCCAAAGCGGCGGCUUCGAUCAACAUGGAGCUGUCUGAGGUGGAAGAUGACUUGAUGGAGCUCAUGGAACUGACUGCUUAUGAGAUCUUUGAUAGGGAUCUAAAGAAAACGGCCACCACCUUCCCUUUGGAAUUCCAACCCACCACGGGUCUGUUCGGCCAGAAGAAUGAUCUUUGUGCAGAGUACUUUACGUUGGAAUGAUUCACACUUUCCUUGGUAAACACGGAAUAGUAAAACCUUUUCAUUAACUUUAUGACAUCAGCAUAUCAGAUGGUUCGUAGCAACUGCAUGUCCCAAGAACUCUGGAGGAACACAGCUGGAUCAGUCCGAAGGUUCAUCUGUUUGGACGCCCUGCGUCCUUCAAGCGGUCUGUCACAUGCUCCCGGGAAACCCACAAGCAAGGACUGCUUCCCCUUCCCUCCCGUUUCCUGUUGCACCCAAGCAAAUGGUGCUCAGGUACGCUGUGUCCAAAUAAGUCAUUCUGGAUUUCAGAGCUGUUCUCCUCCAUGAAUUUUAUCCAAUCCCCUUUCAAAGCCCAUCGUUGGGUGAACCUCAUAUAGAAACAUCAUAGGAUGUGUGUGUCAGGGUGGUGUAGUGGUUAGAGUAUUGGAUCAGGACUUUCAAGUCCCCAGAAAGCUCACUGGGUAGACUUUGGACCAGUCACACACUAACCGACUUCUUUCGUUUGUUGUGAAGAUAAAACAAAGACCUCUAAUAACAUUAUCCACCCUGAGCAAGCAGGGUUUAGAAAAGGGGUAGGCACUGUUGACCACUGCUUGACUCUUUACCAGCUGGCUCAGCAUAGCUUUGAGGGCCCCACCAAGGCUAUGUUCACAGUGCUUUUGGAUCUGACUGCUGCCUUUGACUCUGUAGAUUGGAACCAGCUGUGGGUGAAAUUAGCCCACAGUAUAGUGCAUUGCUGUGCCUAAGAUCGAUAAACACCUAUUGAUAAACGCCGAAUUGUUUCUGAUUCAGGAAUUUCAUUCCACUGUAUCUGCUAGAGUUAAGGUAGGCUCCCCACAGGCUCUUUAACAGAGGAGAUUCCAAUUAACCGUGUUUGUGUGUGUGUGUGUGUGUGUCUCUCUCUCUCUCUCUCUCUCUCUCUCUCUCUCUCUCAAACAGGGAUGUGUUUGGGCUUCCUUGCUCUGGAGGUGAUUCUAUGGGCCAAGCUACACAUGACGAAUGACACUUGAACGGCAAGUGGAUUGAGUGGAGGGCAAGUGAACAGGGAGGAAUACACUUGCCGUUCAAGUGUCAUUCGUCACGUGUAGCUUGGCCCUCUGACUCUAAAUAUCUUGGGGUGACAUUUAGUGAAGCCCUCUCAUGGAAAACCCCCAUAGCCAUAACAGAAGCCGCAGUUUUGAAAACCCACUGGGGCCAUCUUUAAAUUUUACACCUCGAAAGGACGUUUUUUAGUUGAGCUGGCCUUGAAGCUGUUCUUGUGUAACGCCAUCCCACCCCUUCUGUAUGGUGCAGAGAUCUGGGACUGGAAUGAAUAUCUGACUUUGACCCUGGAACCAAUUCAAUACCUCAUUUUAAAGAGGAUUCUAGCUUUGCCUCGUGGCACUCCAGGGGCUUUAGUGCCGGCUGAACUUGGUUACCUUCUGUCAGAGCCCGUUUGCAGUUGUCCUUAUUUAGAUUCUGGAGAAAGCAAAGGAAUCUCUCUGCUAGUUUGCUCUUAAGUCAAAGCAACGCCCUGCUGCAUUCAGACGCCAUUUGCUUCUCUGGCUGAUAAAUAUCCUCCGUCGUUAUUCCCUGAUGGAUGACUUUCAGGGUGUCCCCUUGCCCGGUCUCAAUAUACGAGACCGAAUCUUUAAGUUGGCUGCUGCAUUGGACAGAAGUACGACUCUCUAUUCCGAAUUUACUCCCUGGUUCAAGAGGGACCAUGGCAGAGCCUCUUAUUUGACCAAAAUCUCCUUUCCUAGUCUUACGAUGGCUGUAACUUCUCCGAGGUUUCAAACCAUUCUAGACAGUCAUUACACACAAAUGCCACGUGAGGCCCGUCUCUGUAUUUGUGGGGCUUCAGUCCCCGAAAACGUUCCCCGUUAUCUUUUGUUCUGCCCUUUGUAUACAGAGCCCAGAGACAAAUUUCUUUGAGAAAGCUUAAAAAACGUUGAUUCUUCCCCUGUGGUGGAAAAAUGAACCCUCCUUUCUGAUCUGGAUCUACACGUCUCAUAGAGUGGUACAGCUUGCCCUUGGAGCAAAGAAAAUCAGGGCUUGAGCUGUGCUUGAGACUCCUUUGGCUAUGUAUUAAAAAGAUGCUUAUAUCUUUUAAGUAAUAUUAAUAUGUUUUGAACAUCAUAGUUUGGUGUUUGUUUUGCUUACAUAUUUUACUUAAUUUUAUUUGCUUGAUUGUGAUGACCUUUGGCCACAUGCAAUAAAUAUUUUGUGUGAUAAAGAAGGUAAUUUGAA